CUGUCGCGCACUCAACGCCCACCAUCGUGCACUGGCAGUUCCAAACAGUUUAAAGUCCAAGAUGGCAGUCCUCAAGGACCGGCUGUUUAUGAAUCUUCUUGAGGAAGAACAGGGCCCCCAGAAUAAGAUAACAGUUGUUGGGGUUGGUGCUGUUGGCAUGGUUUGUGCCAUUGGUAUCUUAAUGAAGGACUUGGCAGAUGAGCUUGCCCUUGUGGAUGCCAUGGAAAACAAAAUGAAGGGAGAGAUGUUGGACCUCCAGCAUGGCAGCCUUUUCCUCAAAACACCAAAAAUUGUCUCCAGCAAAGACUACAAGGUGACUGAAAAUUCCAAGCUGGUCAUCAUCACAGCGGGAGUCCGUCAGCAAGAGGGAGAGAGUCGACUGAGUUUGGUCGAGCGAAACGUUAACAUCUUCAAGGUCAUCAUUCCUAACAUUGUGAAGUACAGUCCAAACUGCAAGCUGCUCAUUGUGUCCAACCCAGUGGAUAUCUUGAGCUACGUAGCUUGGAAAAUAAGUGGUUUUCCCCCAAGCCGAGUUAUUGGAAGUGGUUGCAAUCUGGAUUCCGCUCGGUUCCGUUACCUCAUGGGAGAGAUGCUGGGAGUUCACCCGCUAAGCUGCCAUGGGUGGGUCCUAGGAGAGCACGGAGACUCCAGCGUGCCCGUGUGGAGUGGCGUCAAUGUUGCCGGCGUCUCUCUGAAGACUCUGAACCCAGAACUGGGUACUGAUGCUGACCAGGAGCGGUGGAAGGAAGUGCACAAGCAGGUCGUGGACAGUGCCUACGAGGUGAUCAAACUGAAGGGUUACACAUCUUCGGCCAUUGGCCUCUCAGUGGUAGAUUUGACUGAGAGCAUAAUAAAGAAUCUUAGACGGACGCAUCCCAUCUCCACCAUGAUUAAGGGUCUCUACGGGAUCAAGGAUGAGGUCUUCCUCAGUGUCCCUUGUGUCCUGGGAGGAAAUGGAAUCUCGGAUGUUGUGAAGGUGACCCUGCCUCCUGAAGAGGAGAUCCGCCUGAAGAAGAGUGCAGAUACCCUCUGGGCAAUCCAGAAAGACCUGCAGUUCUAA